CAAGUUAAAGCUGGAUUAAGAGUUCCUAAGCUUCAUAUAAGUGACUGAAAGAUUCCCACUAAAGUGAGCUCAGGGUCCACAUCCUGCCACUGGACUCAAGGCACCUGCUGGAUCAUGAGUCUGCAACCAUUAACUCCAGUGAACUGUGCAGGGCUCCUGCAGGCCGGCUGCUCUCUGCUGCAGCUGGAUGGUGAAGUUCUCCUGUUUGGCCAGAAGGGCUGGCCCAAGCGCUCCUGUCCAACAGGGAUAUUUGGCGUGCGAUUUAAAAAGGAUGAGAUAAAGCUGAGGCCCAUCUCCUUUUCCAAUGACUCAUGCUACCUCCCUCCACUGCGCUGUCCAGCCGUCUGUCGCCUCGAUCCCUAUGACGGGCUUCCAGAGAGUUAUCUCAUCCAUGGUGGCCGAACGCCAAACAAUGAGAUCUCUUCAAGCUUGUACCUGCUGACCACAGACAGCCAUGGCUGCAAUCGCAAAUUAACACUUAGGUGCAAAGAGAAGGACCUCGUGGGAGAGGUGCCAGGAGCUAGAUAUGGUCACACAAUGAGCAUGGUUCAAAGCCAUGGGAAGACAGCUUGUGUGAUGUUUGGGGGUAGGUCCUACAUGCCUGCUGGAGAGCGAACCACAGAGAGUUGGAACAGUGUCAUUGACUGUCCUCCUCAGGUUUUCCUGUUUGACCUGGAGUUUGGGUGCUCUUCUGCUCACUCUUUACCUGAACUCAGUGAUGGACAGUCCUUCCACUUGGCCCUUGCCCGAGGGGACUGUGUUUAUUUCAUCGGAGGUCACUCACUGACCUCCGAUUCACGUCCACCUCGGCUCUUUUGUCUCCGUGUCAAGCUCUUGCAGGGUAACCCCUUGCUGUCAUGUGAAACCCUAGACACAGGUUUAUCCAUCUCGAGUGCCAUCAUCACUCGUACGGGUCCCACUCACAGAUACAUCGUCUUAGGUGGAUAUCAGUCAGACUCACAGAAGAGGAUGGAGUGCAACACAAUCAUUCUGGAUGAGAAAGGGAUCCACUUUGAGACCCUACAACCGCCUAAUUGGACUCCAGAUGUCAUCCAUAGUCGUACAUGGUUUGGUGGCAGCACUGGGGAAGGAUGCAUCCUACUUGGUGUGCCCACAGAGGGAAGGCCAUCCCAAACGGAUGUGCAUUAUUUCUAUCAAGUGAGCUUCCAGUCAGAGGGAGAAUGCAUUGAAGAUGACGGAGCCCAGGCUUGCAGCCAGGAGUCGACUGAUUAUGAAAAUUCGACUCCUCUUGAGGACUCUGAGGAGCUCUACUUUGGUCGUGAGCCACAUGAGCUGGAAGGCAGCAGCGAUGAAGAGUGUGACACUUACAAUGAACAAGAUCAGGAGGAUGAAUCCCAAACAGGCUACUGGAUCAAAUGCUGCCUUAGUUGCCAAGUGGACCCAAACACAUGGGAGCCGUACUACUCCACUGAGCUCCACCGGCCAGCCAUGAUCUUCUGCUCCAGAGGGGAGGGGGGGCACUGGGUGCACGCACAGUGCAUGGAGCUGUCUGAGACCCUGCUGCUCAGAUUCUCGCAAGGCAGCAAAAAGUACUUCUGUUUGGACCAUGGAGGCUUGCCCUACCAGGAAAUGACCCCACCUCGGCAGAUAAUCCCCCUGAAGCGCACCCCCAUGAAGGUCAAGGGCAGAAAAACCCCGAUGACAAUCAAAAUGUCCCCAGCUAAAAAACGCUUUUUCAAAAGGCUUUUUGACUAACUCAAAUGUUCUUCAUGAUGUAUAUAGAUGGUCGCCGUUAAGGUUGAUUUCUUUGUUAAGAACUUUAUUUGUUUGCGUUUAAUGGAUAAGACAAUGACGAAAAGUGGUACGUGUUUAUUUCUUUAACGUAAUGAAUUGUAAUAACAUGCAUGCCAGUUGCUUCUUUUCAUGAAGAUUUUGCGACCACAAUAAAAAGAAAAAAAAAGUGGCUAAAAUAUUAUUUCUUGGUUCUAAAUGUUUGUUGAUCAUUUUUCUGUAUUUUGUCAAGUAGGCUUUUAU